ACUACUCCAUUCCUCAUCUCCUCUCUGGAGCCAGAGUCCGGCAGCGUGCUCCCCUGCCUGGGGCCCGUGACCUGCGACCUUCGCCUGUGCCAAUCCUGGUUAAUUUUUGCCCAGUGUAAUGGUGGUGGCGCCCCUCCUCCUGCAGCAUAUAAGCCAGGUCUGAGGCUGCCUGGUUCUCCACACAGCCCGAGCCGCUGAGCUCCCAGCCCAGCCCCACCAUGGCCAAGGGCUUCUACAUUUCCAAGUCCCUGGGCAUCCUGGGCCUGCUGCUGGGCGUGGCCGCCCUGGGCACUAUCGUGGCGCUGUCCGUGGUAUAUGCGCAGGAGAAGAACAAGAACGCAGAGAGCGCCACAGUGGCCCCUGUGCCUCCGGCCAGCACCGAGGCCGAGGCCACCACCCCUGACCAAAGCAAACCCUGGAACCGGUACCGCCUGCCCAAGGACCUGAGACCUGACUCCUAUGAGGUGACUCUGAGGCCCUACCUCACCCCCAACAGCCAGGGCCUGUAUGUCUUCGUCGGCUCAAGCACUGUUCGCUUCACCUGUGUGCAAGCCACCAACCUCAUCCUGAUCCACAGCAAGAAGCUCAACUACACCAUGCAGCAGGGCCACAGGGUGCUUCUGCGGACUGUGGAUGGCUCCCAGAGCCCCGCCAUCGACCGCACCGAGCUGGUGGAGCACACGGAAUACCUGGUUGUGCACCUGAAGGACAAGCUGCAGGCAGGCAGGCAGUACGAGAUGGACAGCAUGUUCCACGGGGAGCUGGCAGAUGACCUGGCAGGCUUCUACCGCAGCGAGUACAUGGAAGGGAACGUCAAGAAAGUGGUGGCCACAACACAGAUGCAGGCUGCAGAUGCCCGGAAGUCCUUCCCCUGCUUCGACGAGCCGGCCAUGAAGGCCACGUUCAACAUCACCCUCAUCCACCCCAAGGACUACGUGGCACUGUCUAACAUGCUCCCCAGAGUGCCCAGCUACUCAUUCAAGGAAGACCCUGACUGGAACGUCACUGAGUUCAACACCACCCCGAGGAUGUCCACAUACCUGCUGGCCUACAUCGUCAGCGAGUUCCAGAGCAUUCAGGAGAUCUCCCCCAAUAAUGUCCUGAUCCGGAUCUGGGCUCGGCCCAGUGCCAUUGCCCAGGGCCACGGUGAUUACGCUCUACAAGUGACAGGCCCCAUCCUAAACUUCUUUGCCAACCACUACGACACGCCCUACCCCCUGGAAAAGUCCGACCAGAUCGGCUUGCCUGACUUCAACGCGGGCGCCAUGGAGAACUGGGGGCUGGUGACGUACCGCGAGAGCUCGCUGCUCUUUGACCCGCAGUCCUCAUCCAUUGGCAACAAGGAGCGUGUGGUCACAGUCAUCGCCCAUGAGCUGGCCCACCAGUGGUUCGGCAACCUGGUCACGGUGGGGUGGUGGAACGACCUGUGGCUCAAUGAGGGCUUCGCCUCUUAUGUGGAGUACCUGGGUGCCGACUACGCGGAGCCCAGCUGGAACCUGAAAGACCUCAUCGUGCUGAACGAUGUGUACCGCGUGAUGGCUGUGGACGCGCUGGCCUCCUCUCACCCGCUGUCCACCCCCGAUGACGAGAUCAACACGCCAUCCCAGAUCAGCGAGCUGUUCGACUCCAUCACCUACAGCAAGGGCGCCUCGGUCCUCAGGAUGCUGUCCAGCUUCCUCACUGAAAACCUCUUCAAAAAGGGCCUGGCGUCCUACCUCCAAACCUUUAAGUACAACAACACUGGCUACGGUGACCUGUGGGAGCACCUGCAGCAGGCCGUGAACAACCAGCAGGAAAUCCAUCUCCCGGACAGCGUGGGAAACAUCAUGGAUCGCUGGAUCCUGCAAAUGGGCUUUCCGAUGAUCACUGUGAACACGAAGACGGGGGACAUCUCCCAGCAGCACUUCCUCCUUGAUCCAGAGUCCAAUGUCACCAGGCCCUCUGAUUUCAACUACCUGUGGAUUGUACCCAUCACAUCUCUCAGAAAUGGCGUAGAGCAGAAGAGUUACUGGCUGCAGGAUGAAAAAGCCCAGGACCCGCAGUUCAAAACUGCUACAGAUGAGUGGGUCCUGCUGAACUUGAACGUGACCGGCUACUACCAAGUCAACUACGACCUGGACAACUGGAAGAAGAUUCAGAAUCAGCUGCAGACUGACCUGUCGGCCAUCCCUGUCAUCAAUCGGGCACAGAUCAUCAAUGAUGCCUUCAAUCUGGCCAAUGCCCACAAGGUCCCUGUCACUCUGGCGCUGGACAACACCCUCUUCCUGUCCCAGGAGAAAGAGUACAUGCCGUGGGAGGCCACCCUGAGCAGCCUCAACUACUUCAAGCUCAUGUUUGACCGCUCCGAGGUCUACGGCCCCAUGAAGAAUUACCUGAGGAAGCAGGUCAGUCCGCUUUUCUACUACUUCAAGGAGCUCACCAGCAACUGGACCCAUCGCCCGUCCACCCUCAUGGAGCAGUACAACGAGGUUAACGCCAUCAGCACAGCCUGCUCCAAUGGGCUUUCUGAGUGCAAAGAUCUGGUGUCCUCGCUUUUCAAGCAGUGGAUGGACAACCCCAGCCAUAACCCGAUCCACCCCAACCUGCGGUCCACUGUGUACUGCAACGCCAUCGCGCAGGGUGGCGAGGUGGAGUGGAACUUCGCCUGGGAGCAGUUCCGGAAUGCCACCCUGGUGAACGAGGCGGACAAACUCCGAGCGGCCCUGGCCUGCAGCAACCAGGUGUGGAUCCUGAACAGGUACCUGAGCUACACCCUGAACCCCGACUACAUCCGGAAGCAGGACGCCACCUCCACCAUCAACAGCAUUGCCAGCAAUGUGGUUGGGCAGACUCUUGUCUGGGACUUUGUCCAGAGCAACUGGAAGAAGCUGUAUGAAGACUAUGGUGGCGGCUCCUUCUCCUUCGCCAACCUCAUUCAGGCAGUGACCAGACGCUUCUCCACCGAGUACGAACUUGAGCAGCUGGAGAAGUUCAAGAUGAACAACAUGGACACGGGCUUCGGCUCAGGCACCCGGGCUCUGGAGCAGGCCCUGGAGAAGACAAAAGCCAACAUCAAGUGGGUGAAGGAGAACAAGGAACCCGUGCUCAAGUGGUUCACAGACAACAGCCCAUAGUUUCCUGGCUGUCAAGUCAUGGGCCAGCUGUGUGCUUGCCCACCUGUGACUGUGACCUGCCCUCCGCCCUCAGAUCCUCCGAUGCCAUGGUCCUACUCUCAAGGGUAGCCCUCAAGUCUCCAACCCUUGAGGGCCUUGAGUUCCCCAUGGACGGACAAUCCCACCCCUCCCAGUCUCUGUUCCUUCAUGCCCACCCUACCCCAGGCCCAGCUUGGUGCCCCACGCCUGGGGCUGGAGGCUGAUCUCAGGGACCCCCAGCUCCAGGGCCAGGUGAACAGAAACUCUUGGUGGACAAGGGCGGCCUUGAGAGGGCUGCUCUGAACCCCUCAUCUCUCCAUGAAGACCCCAAACCCAAGGAAUCCAUAGGACACCAGAUCUAUAUUUUUUUCUAAGUGAAAUGUAAAUAAAGAAUUUCUAGAUGA